AUGGUGUUGGACGCCGUGAAUUGCUUGGCUAAGGUCUGUAUGUUGGAAGUCAGGCGGCAGACUGAUGCUGGUGUUGGACGCCGGGAUGUUGGUGUUGACGCGCCGCCAUCCGGAGGAGAUUGGUUGGCCAUGGAGGGAAUCAACACUGAGGUCGACGAUUCCGUGAAUCUUGCUACUGAAUGGCGCGGCAAUGAGUCCAAACCGGCGGCCGAAAAAACACCGGCGGGGGGAAGGCCGGAGACCACGGAUAGAGAGGGGGUCGCGGCUGUGGAACUGCCACCUCGUAAGCUAUUCUCCAAGAAUGCCGAGACAACUUAUCUGAAGGCCGGAAGUGAGAAUAGAGCUUCGAGCUCCGGCUGCAAGGGGGUGGUCGGGAUUUGGAGUUUAGCCGGUAGGGUGGAAGAUGGAGGUAAAGGCAGCGGUGGAGGCAUGGAAACGGGAAGAGGGGCCAUGGGUAACGACAGCGGCCUGGUGGCCAGGAAGGAGCCGCCUGAAGGCGGCCGACAAGCGGCUAGGUGGAAGGGGUGGUCGGGGAAAACAAGAUGA